AUGAUAGACGUUUCUCUUACCGCGGCGCAGCGGAGCCUGCAGGGCUCUAUUCGUCUCUUGGCAGACACCUAUCUUGCUUCCGCAAGGAAAGUAAUACGAGCAAGUCCCAGUGUGCCAUACCCAGAAGGGGAUCGCAAGCAAUGGAGACAACUCUUAGUUGGUUUCGUUCCAGUCUACCCGACACAUCCUCUCCAUGGCAAGUUCAAUGGGCUUAGUCAAGUCACUUAUGCCACAUGCGUUCUCGAGCAAAAUCGUUCCGAUGGAAACCAAGACUGCUACUCAGCCAUCCGCCACCCUGCUACGCCUGGCUUUACCACACCAGCUGGACCUCAGAUCCGCUUCUCCAACCUAUGCAUCCCAUCUCGUUACGUCCUCGCCACAGGUGCAGCUGCCGCCGAGAUCAUUAUGGCCACAUUCACCUCUUCUACCGCUAUCGUAGGCGCCAUAUCCACCGGCAUCACGCGCGCUGCCUUCGAAUCCGCCCUUCACCUCGGGCGGAAUCACUCGGCCGGAGGCAAAGUCGCUGUCCUGGAACACUGGUCCCCAGCCGACCUCCUCAUCGACAUCAAAAGCCGGGUCGAAGCCAGUAGAGCAUUGACCUGGAAAGCAGCCGCUGCGAUUGACCAAAAACUGCCUGGUGCGGAUGAGUUGGCGUACGAAGCGAAGACCUUUGCGUCAGAGGCCGCAGUGACGUCUGUCGCGGAGGCGAUGAGAGUGGUUGGCACCAGUGCGUAUGAUGCCGACGAGUGGCCAUUUGCGAGGUUGAUGGAAGAUGCGUUGGUCUUGCCGAUUUUCAACGGAGGUAAUCAGGGCAUCCGGAAGAGACAGAUACAGAAGAUCUUUUCUGAGCAAAGAGUACCAGCCCUGGGCUGCUACAUUCGGGCCUGCGCAUGCUGA